GCUGUCUCUAUAUGUAUGUAUAUAUACACACUUUCAAACUCCCUCUCCCUCCCCUUUUCACUUCAUUGAUUAACUAUAUGUAUGUAUAUAUACACACUUUCAAACUCCCUCUCCCUCCUUUCACACAUCCCCAAUUUUCGUGAUCCUCUUCACAAUUUUCACUAUGCUUUCGCGUUGCAAGCAAAACCCGUUUCCUUAUGCGUGUGAAAGCAAACAACACUCCUCUGCACUAGUAACUGCCGCUGUACAAUACAUGUGUUGGCACUAAUCCCCACGCCGUUUGCUCAAAUUACUAAUAUCUGCAAAAAAAGGCCUCCUGCUAUUGAAUUCUCGAGUUCGUGCUCUGGAUUCCGCCGCGAAAGUUGAUAUUUUUGGUUUACAUCUCUUCUCUGACUGAUUCUGAUCCUGAUUUUGCGUUGCCAAGAGAAUCUUGCUUCUGGUGUGGAUUAUGUGGUUGAUGGAUGCUGAGUUUGUUGAAUCAUAAAUGCCUGUCUUUUAAGGAAGAAUCGAUAACAACUGAGGGAUGAAGAUUGUCUCUUUACUAGAGGAACUUGUGUAGGAGAAGAUGUUGCAACAUAAAAGAGGCCCUAUCUCUCUUGAGCAAAGCAACUUCAUGGAUAUCAUGCCAAAACGACUAAAGACGGAUGAAUCUCUUUCUUCAAAGGAAAAGAAAGAGAAGUUUAGCGAACGGAUUUCUGCUCUUCAACAGCUUGUCUCGCCAUAUGGGAAGACUGAUACUGCUUCGGUCCUCUUAGAAGCAAUGGAGUACAUAAGGUUUCUUCAUGAACAGGUUAAGGUACUAAGUGCUCCAUACUUGUACAGUACACCAACACAAUUACAGGGCGAAGAAGGAUCCCGCCUCAGUGCCAAAGGCUUGUGCGUUGUACCUGUCUCGUUCACUGUUGGAGUUGCUAACAGCAACGGUGCAGAUAUCUGGGCGCCCAUCAAGACAAGCCCUGCGACUUCCAGAUGAGCUAUAUCCGAGGAAGCUUCAGUCAUAACCCAGUGUUAGAAGCUUCAGUGUCGGAGUGACUGUCUGCACAAACGAGAAAGAUCACAUUUUAGUUAUUAGAAGCUAUUGAUCUGGGAAUGAAGUGAUUAUGAUAGUGUAUGUAUGAACUAAGAUGUAAAUUUAUGGGAAUGGUUGGGAAUAAAUCAACACUUUUUUUUUAGUUUCCUAA